GCCCGAGACAGCUCCCCCGCACUCCUCUCUGCCUUGCACCCCCGCGCGCUGUUGCGAUAGGCCCCGCCCUGCCCUGCGCCAGUUUCACCACCAUGGCCGCCGAGGUAGGCGCUAACGAAUCCGUCGACCCCAACACGCUCUACACAAAACAAGAAUGCAUAGGCGGCGGCAGCUUUGGCAAAGUCUACAAAGGUCUUGACCGUCGGACGGGCCACACGGUCGCCAUCAAGGUCAUUGACGUGGAAAAUGCCGAAGACGAGGUCGACGACAUAAUGGGCGAGAUUAUGAUUCUCUCGGGCAUGAACUCGCCCUACGUCACAAAGUACUAUGGCUCCUAUCUGGCUGGCUCCGACCUGUGGAUCGUCAUGGAAUUCUGCUCGGGCGGCAGCUGUGCAGACUUGAUGAAGCCGGGCACCAUAGCAGAGGCCGAAAUCGCCGUCAUUCUCAAGGAGCUGCUCAUGGGCCUCUCCUAUCUCCACGACGACCAUAAGCUGCACCGAGACAUAAAGGCGGCGAACAUACUGGUCGGGGCAAAUGGCCAGGUAAAACUUGCCGACUUUGGUGUUUCUGGCCAGCUUUCUGCCACCAUGACGAAGAAGAACACCUUUGUUGGAACGCCUUUCUGGAUGGCUCCUGAGGUGAUCAAGCAGUCUGGCUACGACGGCAAGGCCGACAUAUGGUCGCUGGGUAUCACUGCACUUGAGUUGGCCAAUGGAGAGCCCCCCUACGCCGAUAUCCACCCUAUGAAAGUUCUCUUUCUCAUACCUAAGAACCCCCCGCCGACACUGCAGGGCAACUUCUCGCCCGCUUUCAAGGAAUUCGUCGAUCUCUGCCUUAGAAAGGACCCCAGGGAGCGGCCCACUGCAAAACAACUACUCCAGACAAACUUCAUCCGGAAAGCUGGCAAACCCGCGCGUCUGCAAGAGCUCAUCUCAAGAUACCAGGAUUGGAAGGUCAGGUAUCCAAAAGAGGCGGCCGAGUCGGAUGAUGAAGCAACUCCCGUCACGAGAAAGGAGCCAGUUAACGAGGACUUGUGGGAUUUUGGUACUGUGCGGCCGCUUGGAGGGGGCAGAGGGCCGGCUCUUGCCCAAAUGAACGAGGCUGGCGCAAAUGCUCAACGCAAACCUGUUUCCCAGUCUAAGAAUGGCGGCUACGGAGACGAGAACGACGAAACGAUUCGGGAGAGCCAGCCACCUUCUCCUACAAAACGAUUGGCUCCUGUACAGACACAAGGCUCAUCCGCAGCCUCUGUGAGGACGGCUGCGAGAGUACCGCUACCACCAUCCCCAGAGAAAAACACAGCCCCUCCUUUCCCACCGCUAGGCUCUGAGUUUCCACGAAAGUCACCUGUCCCGGGUUUAUUCUCACCUCCAGCAAACAGAGGGCUGGGAACACCGGCCAAACCAUCGAACCCUCAACAGCCAAGGCGGCAAACACCAUUGCAACACACUUUCGAUGACUUUGUUCAACGAGAGAUAGCUGCAGAUUUGAAAAACUUGGACAUUGUUCCACAGCAACGGAUACCAACACCAAGUCGAGCCUCGGUUCUGCCCCAAAUGAACAUACCCGAGAUACCCCCGUUUCGCGGACAAUCUACAAGUCCAAGCGAAAGCAGCUUCCACAUCAGCCAACUUUCAAAGCCGCUGCCAAAUCCUAUACGAACACAGAACAUGCCUCUCCUGUCUGGACAGAAGCCGCUGCCCCCAAGCCAGCAGUCAUUUGCACCACUCAGUCCAGGCUCGACGCCAACAAGCGAUCCAUUUGGCAGUCCAAAUAUGAUUAACAACAUGCCACAAUCUCCACGACAAGUCCCGCCAUCAAGUCCUCCUCCACCUCCGCCACAUGGUGCUAAACCCUCGCUCAUGUCUCGUGGCUCCUUUGGCCGCGCCAAGCCUAUGCCCAACAACUCCGGCAUAGUCCCCAGCUCGCCGACAGCAGCACCCACGGAAAUCACGGCACUCAGCGGUGUCGUCGUGCCCGCGCUUGAUGCUGCACUCUCACGCCGAACGUACCACCUCAAUCUCAAGAACAAGCAAGACUCUGCCCAAUCACUAGACGACCCUCAAGGCUUUAUUGAACGCCGACGGCACAGACAGGAGUGCCAUGAUAAAGUCGUCAAGCUUGCCAACGAAAUCAAGGCCAAGUUCAGCGAGCUGGAUAGAUGGGAUGAACAGGGUGAGGUGGGCAUGGGUGGAGAGGUGGCAGGGUUCCUAGAAGGCUUUCUCGAAGAGGUACUUGUAAGAGUGGAACCGGCUGAUGACUGAAGCACAUGAAACAUGUGUACAUGGCAGUGGGCGGGUGUUUUUUUUUCUUCUUCUUGGUCUUCUUUUGGAUGGGUCUUUUGGGUACCCAAGGCGCGUGUCUCUUGGGAAAAUAGUGC